UUAGCUCUAGGCGGUCAGUAGUCGUUCAGAUCUCCGGUGGGCUCGCUGGUGGAUGGUGGUAGGUUAACGCGUGCGUAUGGUUUUUCACACUCGGAACGCGUGCAAAAAUCGUCAUCUACGAUCACCAGGGACUCGGCAAGCAGACAAGCAGUGCAUGUGAUCUCGUCGUAACCAGCCGAAGAUUGUCUGUGGCAGUGUAGUUUUGCUAUUUUAUUUAAGCAUAAAUAGUGAUUUGCAGGGAUUUUUAGCACUCCAACUCACUUGUGGAAAAGAAAUGGCUGAACACAAGUUUAAACGACCUAGCAUUGCGUCCGGUGAUGGGUUGAUAAUUUACUGCAACCAGUACAGCUACUACUGCCACAAGGUCCUUCAAGCACUGCACGAAAAGGACAUUCGCUUUACGAAGUACGAAAUCGACGUUACCAACGACGAACACUUCUCGGAGUGGUUUCUCGAACUAAACCCGCGGGCAGAACUGCCGGUUUUGCAGAAUGGCCUACUCAUCGUACCCGGUUCAAGCCGCAUUUUGGAUUAUCUUGAAGAGACUUUUCCAAAAGCCAAGUCUCUACGAAUGCCAAAUGGUGCAGAUCCGGUGGUGCGAGGGUUUCGCCAGACCCUGGACAACCUGCCGAUCGGUAUCCUAACGAUUGGCUCGUUUCUGCACCCAAAUUAUACUAAGAGUCCCAAGUUCCCGUUCGUGCUGCCGGUGCGUCAGACGAUCCUGGCGCGAGAAGAAACGCUCGGCGAUCGGCUGCGUUCCUAUGCUGCUGAGUAUCCGGCCUUCGCAGAGGUGCUGUUGAAGAAAGCUGACUUUCAUGAUCGCAAACGGGGCAUCAUAGCGAGUGAGGAGUACUUCGGUAAGCUGCUCAGCGCGCUGGAUGAGUUUCUAUCAGACGUGGAACGAUAUCUUGAAGCUUCGGAGCGAGAGUGGCUUUGCGGAACGGAAGGAAUAAAGAUCGUCGAUAUUGGCCUAGCGACACUGCUGAACCGGCUGUAUGUGCUCGGGCUAGAGGAUCGAUUUUGGAGCGAUGGCCGCCGUCCUCGCCUUGAACAGUACUAUGCGAGGGCUUGUCAACGCUCCUCGUUCCAGUGUGUACUACCCUCCAAGGUAUCCAUUCUGCGCACGGUGUGGGUCAAUACUCCACCCAUGUAUAAGGCUGGCCUGGCCGCCGUUUCGUCGGUGCUGCUCAGUUCAACAUUGUUGAAAAGGUAG